AUGUCGACUGCGAUCGCCGCGACAGCAGAGCGGGAAAUCACAACCAGCGGGGUCACGAACGCGCUGCACACGCUUAUCGUGCUCGUUGGAGGAAGCCCGCCGCCGCGCACUGAAACUGAAGAACCAGCCGCGACGGAGAAUGCCGAGCCCAGGGAUGCAGAGCAUGGAAAGCGGGCGGCAAGCGCGAGGGCUGAGAAUCAGCGGGGGCUGAAGAGGCAGAGAGGUCCGCAGGCAGCGGCCGCGGUGCGCAACCCGAGCGUGCAGGACUUGCUGAAGCACAAGUGGGGCGCUGCAUCGCGGGGUGCAGCACAGCCUGCUCAACCGGGUUUGAGCUCACGCUCCAUCCCACCUGGAGAAGCUCCACCCAAACCACCGGGCCCUAACAGGGCAACCGCGACAAUGACGGCUACCGUGGGUAAGGGCAAGGGUAAGGCGGAGGAUGGGGAGGGGCCCGCUACUGCGGGUUCGCUGGCUGCGAGGCGCGAGGUCCAGCCCGCGUCGGCUGCAGCGACGGAAGGCAAGCAGACCGCGGUCGCACCCACUCAUGCUACCGCAAGACAUCAAGGGCGUAGCGCUAUUGCAUCUGUAGGUCCGAGCGCUGCCGCGGUUGAGGUCAAGACGGAGAAACGCAGCAGGGGUGGCAAGAAGUUGUCCCCUACACCCGUGUACACGAUCGACGAGGACGAUGCGGACGACGAGGUGCAGACUCUCGUGAGCAGGUGGGUCCUGGAGGCGGGCGACGGAGGAGAGCAGGGUGGGGAGGCCGAGGUCGAGGUUCAUAGCGGCGGGGAGAGCGCGGACGAGCAAGACGGAGACCCCGUGGUCGUACCAGGUGGCGCAACGGGAGGACAGGGUGACACCAGCAGCAAGCGCAGGGGCUGUGGUAUCCGCGCUCCACCCAGGGGUGGACCCGGCUUGGUUUCUGAACCGCAUCUGGGGGGAAAGAAGCUUUGGCUCGAACACGGCGACCGCCAAGAUCUGCAGUACAAGACCGCAAUCGCGAUGCUGCCCUACGACAAGAAGGUGGACCCCGGGCUGAACCUGAGCCAGAAGCAGCUUCGAGAUUGGACCGCGGACCUGUCCAUUGCCGAGGGGUUACAUACGGGCCUCUUAAUCACCAUGCACUACCGCAAUCUUGUAGCCAGCAAGGACAGGUGGCAGCGCAUGUUCGAAUCCUAUCGCGGGCUAACCAAGCCCGGAAUGCACACCACCAACGAGAUUGCAUGGGCCGCAGUGGUAGGCAAGGAGGCUGCAGCAGAAGAAGCGGAGCUCGGCGAUGUGGAACCGACGGACUACGCGGGAGCGGUCGCAUGCGCGAUUGCAAUGGUGUGGGAGGUGACUCGCGGUUCUAACGUCACGGCCGCAGCGGAUAAUGGACAUUUGGCCGCGCGAGCUGCUGGUUGCUAUGGGGAGCCAAGCCGUCUCUUCCCCAUAGUUUCCGCGUACGUCGUCAAUGCGGUGCGGAAGCGCAAUGCCCGCGAGCUGCAAGCUGAGGACGACGAGCCGCAGGUUGUCGCGGACCCGAAGGUGGUCGCGACCGCAAUUGUGACUGGAGUAGUGAACGAGGUCGUCGCCAAGUCUCGCGAUCUCAGGCACAUUGAGUUGGCCGCCCGCGAAACGGUGGACGUUAUCGUCACUUGGUCCAGGUCAACACUCUUCUUCUUUACCGCGAUCCCUUCCGAUGCACCCGACAUGCCCACAGCUCCUGACACGAGGUGUGUCAUCCACACCAAGCCGGUUCCAAUCCGCGAUCGGGACCUCGUUGUCCGCACCUCUCCCACCGUGUCCUCUCGCACCUAUCCCUCUCCCCGUGGUCCCACCCCCCGCCUUCCAUUUACCCGCGUUCCCUCUCGCACCGGUCCCCCUCCCCGUGGUCCCACCCCCCACGUUCCCUCUACCCGCGUUCCCUCUCGCACCGGUCCCUCUCCCCUCGUUCCCUAUCGCACCGGGCCCUCUCCCCACGUUCCCUCUUGCGCCGGUCCCUCUCCCCGCAUUCAUCGCGUUCGACUGUGGUUGCAUACCUCUACCGGGGGUGCUGAUGUGGACGUCCGGGUUCCCUGGCAACAGCGAGUUCACGUUCCAUAUCGGAGGCAAUUGGCACGCGCGAUUGCAUUCAUCCCUGCUUCACCAGUCACCGCACGUCCUAUCACCUCCGCACCCGCGAUCAUUGACAGGCCGUCUGGUCGCGCGUGUGUGUCCACACCGGCCUCCGAUGGACCUAUACGAUCUGGAGGCCCCGUUGGUGGGAUAUCCGCGUGA